GUCCCCAUGAAGCUCUUGUCUUGCAGGUCCAUUCACAUAGUGGCUCUCGGCAGCGAAUGCCCCGGAGGAGUCGGGCCAGGGGAGGAGAUCAUGGGCCAGGGGCAGCUGCAGGGAGGCCUGCUGUGGAGCUACCUGGGUCACGGGGCGGUGGUGGGAGCCCGCGACCUGGAGGGCAGCCUGCACAACCCGGCCUUCAUGGAGUACACCUCACGUGUCUUUGGAGAUGUCACUGUGGUGGUGCGGGAUUGUCCCAGCUGGGACUUGUUGGACAGUGACUGGGCCAGCGUACGGAGCGUCCUGGAACAGGCAGAUAUCCUGGUCAUUAAAUAUUCAGUCAAUGACAAGCUGGCCUUCCAGCAGGUGAGGAACGGCUACGCUCCAAGACUCCGCCCACUGCUGAGGCACUGGGGUGUGCCUGUAAUUCUGGUCGCUGUGGGAGCGCGGCUCAACGACGAGGGUCCCCCCUGCACGUGCCCCUUGUGUGCGUCUGACUGGAGCAGCUGUGUGCCGCACAGUGAGGGUCUGCAGCUGUCCCGAGACCUGGGGGCCACCUAUCUAGAGCUGCCCUCUCUCAAUCACGUCUUUGUGGGUCGCUACUUUGGCAGCGUGCUGGAAUACUUCAUGAUUCAGUGUCUGAAACAGAAAGCCAAAGAGAGGCCAGAGAAGAGACGGGGGAAUAAACUAAACGAACCCCGUCCCCCUCACUUAGAGCAACCAGCUCGUCUUCCUCCCAUCCGAGUGGAGGAGUCCAGCUUUUCCCAAGACAUGCAGUGGCUGCUGGAGCGUGGCGUGCAGUUCGCCGACGUGGCUUUCUACGCAGGGGACUCUGGGAAGGAGCUGGGCUGGGCGCACGCGGCUGUGCUGUGUGCCGUCAGCCCGUACUUCAGACAGCUGCUUCUGGGGCCCAAGACCAGGGAACGCCCCCAGUCACGGUGUGUUUGCCGAGAGCGGGACGGAGGCCCCCAUUCGCUGCUGUCCACUUGGGACGGAGGUAUUAUUGACGACAUGCCGCGGCCAGACGGACACCUGACCGGACGCCUCUCUCGUCUCGUGGUGAAGGACCCCCUCCUGUGUCUGUGUUUGUGGGAGACACUCAUGUUUCUUUACAGAGGAGCGUGGGAGUGGGAGCACCUCCAGGAGGCCCUGGAAGAGAAGCUGAAAAACUCUCUAGCUGUGGCUCAGCUUAUGGACCGCAUACGAUCCUUCGUGGGCAGAGACAAGGCCUCCAGGGACACCCCGAGUGCACGGGCGGCUCAGCUCGGCCCCCAGACUCUGGUCAACCUCUUUAAUUCUCCUCUAUACUCUGACGUCAUCUUCAUGGUGCAAGGGAGCGUGUUGCCAGCCCACCGCGCUGUGCUGGUGGCACGCUGCGACGUCAUGGCGGCCAUGUUCAGUGGGAAAUACGCGGAGGCGCGGAGCCGAGUGGUGCCCAUCCACGGAGUCUCAUCAGACGCCUUCCUCUCUUUCCUGGAGUACCUCUACACUGACACCUGCUGUCCUGCCAGUGUGCUGCAGGCUAUGUCAGUGCUGGUCUGUGCCGAGAUGUACCAGGUGAAACGGCUGCAGCACCUGUGUGAGGUGUGUGUGUGCGCUUACCUUCAGAGCAUGCCCAGUAGAGAGCUGGCAUCGACGGGCAUCAGCGUGGUUCGGUUACUCCGCCGAGCAAAGUGCCACAAUGCAGAGCAGCUGUACGUCUGGCUCCUCCACUUUAUCGCCAACAACUACCUGAUCUUCAGUCACAAACCUGACUUCCUGGAACUGUCAGAUGAGGAGCGGGAGCAGGUGGAGAGGCUGCGCUGGCCGUCCAGAGGCUACCUGCAGGAACUCAGUGAGUACCAGCAGCGGCGACGCAAACUACGCAAGUCCCGCUGCAUAGUUAUGUGACCUUGCCUGGAAGCCAAACCCUGUGAAAAACAUGGAAGGAGGGCAGAGGAGGGAAUCCAGGGGGAAAGGCAGGACAAAGAGAGAGAAUGGACAACAAAAUGUGGGAAAGUGGGGAAGGAAACAGGAGAAAGAGUUGUUACAGACUGCCGUGCUGGCUGGCAGACUCCGAAUGGAUUGUUGACAGCUUGGAGGAUCGUGAAGCGCAGUGGCGAGACAGACGCUGACGGGCACUGUGGAAGAGGAAAAGGUCACAGAGGCCCCGACCAGUGGGUCAGUCUCGACAAGCAGUGACAUACACCACUGUGGCACGCCUCUUUUCCUCCUGAGGAAAGCAACAGAACGGAAUGACUGUGCGCCCUUGGCCUAAUGACUAUUCCAUCAUGGGCAAUACAAAAUGACUGAUUCCUAAAAACCCAAUGCGAAUUUAAAACGACUGGCUGGCCAGUGGCCAGACGCUCCUGCUGUGGAACAUAAUGAUUCCAGUGGCUGACACAAAAUGGUGGAUUUCACUGUAAAUCAACACUGACACAAACUGAUACAUUUCAGCCAUCUCUGUUUGGAAUACAGGUUAAACAAAUGGCCAUGUGCAGCUGGAAAACAGAGCGGUAUUGUUUAUGUCCAAGAAUAGACUUUUUCCAAGCCUGACAGUAACUUUGUUAGGUGAUGAUGUUUCAGGUUGUACAAGCAGAACUACAUUAAAAGAAACUGUGCUGAAGAUUUGUCUUCUGCACUCGACAGCUGGGGAUGUCGGAGUAUCUUAUCCAUGCUGGACUCAGAAUUGCACCAUCUCAAAUCACUCCUUAGCUCAUGAAUGCGUGUUCUGUUAGAUCUUAAAAAUGUGAACGGGUGCAAAUGUAGCAUACUCAUUCUUUAAGUUGAAGUAACUCUUGAGCCUCUGAGUGUCCUGUGGCUAAAUCCGUGUUUGAGCCAAGCGGUCACCUACAUUAACACAGUGAGCAGAGCAAUCAAGGCUCAGAGGAAAGCAAUUGGUAAUGCUGCCAGUGGCAGUCAUGCUCGUUUCCAUAUGUAAUAUGACAGAAACCCAAUUAGCAUACGAGCAGGACAAAUUUAAUUACAGUUCUUUUGCCCGCACUUAUUAGAUUCUUUCAGAUCUAUAAUUCAACAUCGAUAAGUGUCUAGGGGCCAGAAUGUGAUUUAUUACCAUGCAAGACUGAAUACGUUUUGGUCUUAGUCUGUGUCAAAUGAGGCCAUCUCAGUUUCAUUCAGGAAAUGGUUUUAAAUUAAAUCUUGAAAUUAAAAUACACAUAGCCUGCAUUAAAAUUGAGUGCUUCUUACAUCAAAUGAAAAAUAAUCAAACAAAAUGUAUUUUCAAUUAUUUUUUUUUUUCUGUGAGCUGGAAUCUUAACUACUU